AUGACCCAGCUCUGCUUACCCAGGCCUGAAGCCCGUGCUUAUCCCAUCCCUGUCCCUCCCAGGAGCCUGGGUGCUGGGGAGGGAUUGGGUCGUUCAGUGGGUCCAUAUGUGUCCUCCUGGGGCCCUAGCCCAGCCCAGCUCCUGGACAGUGUCCUAGGGCUGGGGGCUCUAGUGCUGACGAUUCGGGCAGUCUUUUCCAUGGCUGGCCCAGCCUUGCUGCUGCUGCUGCUAUUGGUCAGCUUCCUGGCCUUCGACCUGCUCCACAGGCCUGCAGGUCCCACCCAGCCGCCACACACGCCUCUCACAGGGGGCCAAAGUCAGGGGGCCGGCGAGGGUCCAAGACAGCAGGAGGCUCUACUCCUGCAGACAGCGGCAGUCACAGGACGACUCAGCCUCCAGGAGGCUCUGCUACUGCUGCUCCUGGGCCUGCAGCUCCUCCUGGGAGCCCGCAGCGUGCCUUUGGCGCUGCUUGGCCUGGCUUUCUGCCUCCAUCCUUGGGCCUGA